GUUCGACCCUUUGUGGGUAGCGACGACCACACAAAAAAAAAACUCUUCAAGAAACCAAAAACUGUAAAUGGCCGUGUGGAGUUGCUUACGCGCCUCCUCUCUCUCUCCAACGCGUCACCGUUUCUCUUCCCUCUCUGUCCUCUUCUUCUCCCACCCUCCUUCCUUUACCGCCGACCCUCUCUUCUCUCCGUCGCCAUCGCCAUCCCCUCCAUCUCACUCCCCGUGGUUCUCCUCUCACCGCCGUCGAUUGUUCUCGUCUGUGCCAGAAUUCCCAAUCGGGUUUCAAGAAACCCUCAACGAUGAUUCUUCUUCUUUGCCGGUUCUCGCCGUCGUUGAUCUCCUCGACGGGCUGCAACAGUUUACAGGGUUGCCUUGGUGGAUGGUUAUUGCAUCGUCUACUGUUGCUGUCAGAUUAGCAUUGUUGCCUUUACUCAUUCUUCAACUCAAGAAACUGAAGAGGAUUUCAGAGUUGUUACCUCAGUUGCCUAUGCCGGUCCCAGAGACUCCAGCAUUAAGAAGCUCUAUUGACCAAUUUUCUCUCUUUCUUAAAGAAAGCCGAGCGAUUGGUUGCCCCUCCUUUUUGUGGUUCUUCCCAUAUUUAUCGGUCCAGCUCCCAUGCUUUUUCCUGUUGAUGGCUAGCAUCCGGAAGAUGUCACUUGAUGGUCAUCCUGGGUUUGAUUCUGGUGGUGCCUUAUGGUUCCAGAAUCUGAUUGAUCUUCCUGCUGGCUCUUUUGGACCAGUCUUUCCAAUUUUAAUUGCUAUCUUCCAUUACAUUAACAUACAGAUUUUUUUUGAUUCAUCCACAGUUCGUCAAACUACUGGCUUGACCGGGUUGCUCAUGAGAUAUUACAAGUUAUAUUUGGAGGUCCUUAGUGUUCCUCUGUUCUUUGUCGGCUAUGCUAUUCCACAGGGAAGUCUUGUCUAUUGGGUAACCAACAGCUCAGUAAAUAUAAUUCAGCAAUUAUCUCUCAAGCACCCUACGGUGUCAGCAAAACUUGGUUUACUAAGUCAGGGGCCUUCCCCAGGCGUUGAGCAUUCCAUGGAGAUCAGUGAAUCGGUUAUCAAGUAUGUCGACUCUGACUUAAAAGAGCAGACCCUUUCUCUACAGACUUUAACACCAGAGGAACUUCUUUCUCUUUCAGUUCAGGUCUUGUCGAAAGGUGAUAAAGAUUCAUCCAUUCAGUUACUUCGAUUAGCUCUUGACAAGGACCCUGAAUAUGUAAGAGGUUUGGUUCUCAUGGGGCAGACUUUGUUGCAGAAGACGCAGUUGUCUGAAGCUACUGAAUAUUUAGAGCUUGCUAUCUCCAAGCUUCUUGAUGGGGCUGCAUCUGAUGCUGAGGAUGUUGAACUUUUAAUGCUUGCAUCUCAAUGGGCUGGUGCUGCAUACGUACAACAGGGAAAUAUGAAAAGCGGAAUCACACACUUGGAGAGAGUAGCAAAACUGAAAGAGCCUGGUGAUCCUAAAAGCAAAGAGCAUUACUUUGAAGCAUUGUUGCUUCUUUCUAGCGCUUUGUACAAAGGAGGGCAGAGUCAUGAAGCUGCAAAGAUUUUACGAGUAGUAGUGGAUCACAAUCCGGCGUACAAACCUCUGCUUGAACAAUGUGAAGAUGACAAUGAGCUUGUUAAUGAUCUUGUUAGUAGCAGGAAGGAUCAUUUCUGAUAAUCUCUAGUUUUUAGUUUUGCAGUCUUGUAUUGUAAGUAUUUGAUUACGCUAUCUCGUGGAGACGGGUCAACCUUUGAUAGUUGGUAACUUUAUAAUAGAAUUGAUGUAAUCCAAUUGAUAGAGAAAGCACCUUCGUGGUGCAAAUUAUAAAAUACUAAGCAUAAAUCUUUGAAAGUCUUACCUAAUACGAUUAUUUUAAGGUUUAA